AAAUAGCCAAAGUCCGGCCCGCCUCCUCCCUGCUUCACUUCGCCCAGGGACUAGGUACUGCUUCUCGCCUGCUGACCGGGAUUCGUUACAAACAUUUGUGAGCAGUAGUUCUGCGUUUCCGGACUUCCUCACCUUGUGUAUUUCACCCCUGGGCAUGGUGCUGCAUCUGCAAUCCAACCUCACCCUUUCGCAGGGGGUCAGGCUGAUGUUUUACGCCUUAACUCCCAGCGAAACCACAUUCAGAGAAGUGGACCAAGUAUACGACUAUGUCCAGCAGGCAACACCGUAUUUUGUGGGUCUGAUGAUCAUUGAGCUGGUUGUCACCUGGUUUCAGAAGGGCAAAACUGUGUUUCGAAUAAAUGAUGCACUGACUUCCAUCAGUGCAGGCAUCUUGUCAAGAACGCCAGAGCUACUGGGCCGAGGCAUUGAGCUGACUGGUUACAUUUACAUCUGGAGGAAUUUUAGGCUGUUUGAACUCCCAUGGAAUUCUGCCUGGACAUGGUGGUUGGCAUUAUUAGGAGUUGACUUUGCUUACUAUUGGCUCCAUCGAAUGUCACAUGAAGUGAAUAUGUUGUGGGCAGCACACCAAGUUCAUCAUAGCUCUGAGGACUACAAUCUGUCUACAGCCCUCCGGCAGUCCGUAUUACAGAAAUAUUUUUCCUGGGUCUUUAACCUUCCAAUGGCUCUCUUCAUCCCUCCCUCAGUUUUUGCAGUGCAUCUUCAAUUUAACUUGCUGUAUCAGUUCUGGAUUCAUACAGAGAUAAUUGGUAACCUUGGGCCUCUGGAACUGAUCCUCAACACACCCAGUCACCACAGGGUCCACCAUGGACGGAACCAUUACUGCAUCGACAAGAAUUAUGCUGGAACUCUUAUCAUUUGGGACAGGAUUUUCGGUACCUUUGCGCCAGAGAAUGAGAAAGUGAUCUUUGGCUUGACUCACCCAAUCAACGCAUUUGAACCUCUCUGGGUGCAGUGCCAUCACUUGCUUUACAUUUUGAAGACAUUUUGGGCAACCCCUGGCAUAUGCAACAAAAUUUCUGUCCUCUUCAAAGGUCCAGGAUGGCAACCAGGCAAACCCAGACUUGGGUGCCUUGAAGACAUUCCAGCAAUUAGUGGAAAUGAAAUUCCACAUAAUCCCCACAUCCCUGUUUGGCUUCAAUUGUAUGCAGUUCUGCAUUUUAUUCUCAUUUUGGGUAUUUAUCUACACAUAUUUGCUCAUAAGUCUGUUCUAUCAGAGUUCACAAUCCUCUUGGGAAUUGGAUAUAUAAUACUCACGUUGAGUUCUAUUGGAUUGAUGAUGGAGAACAGAUCUGAAGUGGCUAUUUUGGAAAUCGUCCGAUGCUGCAUUUUUCUUUUUCUUGAGCUCGGUUCCUUGACUGGCCCUUUAAAGCUGGUGACUAAAGUUGGAUUUUCUCUGUCUUUGGCCUUCUGGGGUUUGCGAGGUGCAAUGAAAAUCUGACAAAUACCAAUGGACACCAGUGUGAGAAUGAAUCAGCUUCUAAACAACACUGCAGCAUGGGCAGCUGCAACAUGCAAUGUCACUCACAAAGCGCUCAGACAGACUAUUCAAUGUGACAUGGCUCUAUACAAACUAAUGGAAAAUAAAUAAUUUUACAAAGUAACAUUUUAUUGGAGAAAAGAUAUGCUUUCUGAUUGUAAUAGAGCCGAAAAUCUUUUGGUAUCUUAGAAUCAAAAAUCAGUAAGAAUAAUAAUCUGUGAUAGUUUGCAUAAGAAGAUUAAAGUAGUUCAUGUUCCAGUAUAUUUUGACUACAAAUUUUCUUGAACUUAAUUCCAAGUGUACUAAUGUUUACAACAUUUAAACAGAGGUUAUACAAGCUCAGAUUUUUGACUUGCUUAAAAUAAGCUAAUGACUGAGAACAAUACGAAUGAACUGCCAAUGUGCAUUCCCUGAGUUUGUUCUUGACCCUCUGCACAGACUUUCUUAACAGGUUUGCAUAAAAUUAACAAAAGCUGAAAGUAACCUUAAAUGUUGUUUAAUAUAUUUCAAAAGAAAAAUCCAUAAUUUUAAAAACUAAUUUGAUGGAAGUAAACAUUUGAUGAAGCUCUGUAGCAAGAUGUUUACACUUGUAUCUCAGAUCCAGAGAUUGAUUUUAGCUCUGCGUGUCUAUCUACAUACUAUUUUUCGAUCCCACUUUGCAAAAUUAUGUUUUCUUUGUCUUUUCUAGCAAUAACUAAAUCAGGAAAACUGAUGAAAGGACUAGUUGGUAAUGUUUCCAGUUCACUUUGGAGUUUUGGACUAUGAUUUUUACUUAUCAUUCAUUGGAAGAUAAUCAUAGUAUUUACCUUUCACCUUUCUCUGUAGAAACAGAAAAUAUUUAUAACAAUCGCUAUACACUGAAAUACAUGCUGAUCCGUUCAUCUCCAAGGAAAGACAUGGCUCCUUUAAACACCAUUACACAUCCUUUUAUUUCUUCCAUUGGGGUAAAGGACCUCACUAUUGUCUUUUAUGGUAAUUGCCAACGUGUUUUCAUAGCCCUUAAGCAUCCUAUAUAUCUUUUAGAACUUAUUUUCAUUUUUUAAAACUUUCUUUAGUUUGUUUCUGUGGUAUUUCACUUGUAUUUCUCGUAUGCUUCUUCGUAAAUUUCAUUUUUGAUCAGACCUUUCGAUAUGUGUCAAUGGACCCCUGGCUAUAGUGCUGCCAUUUACUCCUAAUCAGAAAAUAUCUAAUCAUAACCUGGUCAGAAUAUAUUUAACAUUCUCUACCUCAUAUUUAAAUUGAUGACACUGCUGGUUAUUGUUUUAACAAGCAUUUUUUUUCAGUGGUUAAUCUGGGUGAGAUUUUCUUUCAUCCUACUGGCACAAGUUAAUUUCUAGUUCAAUAUUUCAUGACGUAGCUGCUGCUUUUCUUUGUCUACUUUAAUAUGGAUUUGAUUAGGUUUUGGUCACUAAUUACAAUGUGUUAGCCCACAUUCAUGUCACUUACUUAGCCUCCUUUUUGCUCAGAACCAUUCCACUCCCCAGUAGUGAUCUGUAAAUCCUUUGAGUGUGGGGACAUUUUAAAUUCACUAUCAAAUGCGAGACCCUGAACGAUGAUUGGAGCAACUGAAUACCACUUAGGCUCAAAAUUAUAUUGUAAGCUUCCAACUUUGUAUGUUCAACAUGCUGAGGAAACAGCCCUCAGUGUAUUUUAAGAAAGACGUACUUUUUUCUUUGCUCCUUUUUGGCUUAUGCUAGUCAAAGGAUUAUUAAAAUGUUCCUU